CACGCACAGUCUCACUGCAUCUACAGAGAUGGACCAGGCCAUGAACCCUUAGGUUGUAGACAUCACCGGAGUGGUUGAUGGUAUUCCGACGGUGGAGAUGCUCACGUUAUUAGGAAUUGAGCAGUUUUCCGAGUACGCGUUACCACCCACGUACGAUCCUGAGAAGUAUCAGGGGGGCAUAAUUUGUCCUCAGGGUAUUCGGAGCGUUGAGGAGCUUGCAGAUAUCCACAUGUGCAACUCGUGUCGCAAGGUACUCACCAGCACAAAACCCCAUCAGCCGAAGGACGCAAUUACAAACUUUCGGUACACACUAUGGUAGGGCCGAACUUCCGGGCGAC